AUGGGCACUGGAGGACUCGUGGUCUUCCGCUCCGUGCGUGGUGACCAGAAGAGUGUCCAUGCUGGAGUCUAUGCUUGCAUCUAUUUUCACUGCGACGGGUACUGGACGUCUCUUGGAGUACGACUUGGCGAGUUUCUGGAAUCCUGUGUGCUGGUGAACGGCUUGGGUCCUAGCAAUCCAGCCGGGAGGGUCUGCAACGGCUUCGGCUGCUUAGUGGCUCAGUUCAUCGCCGAGUUUAAGGGCGGGCCCGGGCACCUCUAUUUGUUCCCCACCGAGCGUGCGCUUGACAUGGAGUUUGUCUAUGUGGUCGAGUGCCAAGAAGCGCCUCCGGCUGGUCCGGUUUUGUCUGUGAAGACCUGGAGCAGCGGCAAACCGGAAGAUGAGCAUGGGGCCAAGUUCAUGAGCCCGUCCGACUUCCGGGCAUUCUGCGAGCGGGGCGGCGACGACGAAGAUGCGGCAGGGGAAGAGAGUUCCGCGCCGAAGGAGACCCGCGGCGAACCAGAAACCGUGAAGACGGUGGACACUUGUGAGGCACAGGCUGAGCAGGGCUGA